AACAUAACCCAAGCUGUGGAAGCAUCGUCUGCGUCAACUACGGCGAGCUCACCGACGACGACGGAGGCUGGGCCGAGUAAUAUACUGUCCCGACUUCGCACAACACCUCCCAUGCUCGCACUCUCGCACUUCUACCACCUUCUACACAGAGCGCAUCUUGCUGCAGCACAUAGUCAAGCACUCGAACGUAUGCGCUUAAGACGGGCAGUAUAUGGAAACGAGGUGGCUGCUGCUGCAAGAACGUCCGGUACAUCACCAGAAGCUGCAGAUACGGACGUUGUUGGGUGGGGACUUGGAAGCUUUGGAUUGAGAGAGAGGGAGAGGAGGGAGAAUGAGUUGGCAGAAAUACAAGAUCGAGAGGACUUGGCCUCGCACACUCAGACGCAUAACGAAGAUGACUUGGACAGGGAGGAGGCAUGA